AUACAUAAUAUUCCAAUGGGCUCACGCGAUCGGCGUCGACAUCAGCGCUCGCUAAAUCGCGCGACCAUUGACUCCACCACAGGAAACAGCGGUACUUACCGAACACUUAUACAGAUGUAAAUAUUGCCGGAGGGAGAGGGGACCCUCAUUCUGAUCCGAUAUACUGACGAUGGUUACCCUGACGAUGGAGUGUCAUCUGAUCUUUCUCGUGACUUUUAUUGUGCUAUGUGAGGGGUCCGGACACAUCUCUUUGACUAUGGUGCGUUACUACAAUCCUGGGGGCCGGGGGAGAAACGGACAUCCGUGUGACGGGAAAUUCUUCUUCAGCGGAAGUGACUGUGACCACAGAUUUACCAUCUGUCUGGACCAGUCAAAUGGACCCAACAAUGUAUACAGGUGUCCUUAUGGAAGAAAAUCAACAGGCGAAGUUUCCAACAAUAACAACAACUACUUCGGUGGAAAUGUAGGAGGUGUGGCAAACCCAAUGAUAUUUCCCUUCGCCCUAUGGCCGGGUGGCAUUAAGAUUAAGGUAGAAGUAUGGGAUGUUGACGACAACAGCGAUGAUUACGUUGACUUCCUGGCUGCUAUUUAUAGAACUAUUCCUGGUUUCAACGUCACUUCCGCUUCGUUAGUACCGUACACUCUCAGCUCACGCACAACGUUAUGGUUAAGAUUGAAGGUUUACUGCGACCAGGAUUAUUAUGGGGAAAACUGUGCCACUUUCUGUCAGUCACGUGACGAUCGUUUCGGACACUAUACCUGUGACCCCAAUACGGGAUCUAAAAUAUGUUUGAAAGGCUGGCAGGGGACACUAUGUCAUGUCCAGAUUGACAACUGUCUCAGUUCACCCUGUGUAAAUAGCGCCACCUGUGUCAACUCACACGGAGGCUUUCUUUGUGUCUGUGCGGACGGAUUCAACGGCACACGAUGUGAAAUUGAUUUAGAUGAGUGUCGAUCCUCCCCUUGUCAAAAUAAUGCAACUUGCACAGACCUUAUAAAUGGAUUUCAUUGCACGUGUUUGAAUGGAUUUUCUGGAAAGACGU